AUGGGUUGGAGAUACAGAGCUGGGUUGUUCUUAAUUGCUACUGUUGUUGUCAUUUGGGUUACCUCUGCAGAAGUCACCCAGGAUAUAUUUACAGACUAUAAGCAGCCAUUUGCAGUAACAUAUCUUGGAGCUUCUCUUAUGGUAGUUUACAUCCCAAUAGCAUUCAUUAAGGAUUGGUUGUGUAAUUUACUAAAACGUCGCUCUUCUAAAAGUGGUAAAAAUGCAGAAAGCAUGAAUGAGUUUUCUGCUGGAUUUAGUUCUCCUCUAAAACACAAUGGAGGGCAGAAAGACUUUGAAUUGGAAAUUCAUGGGUCCUUGACCAGAAAAGACAGUGAUGCAGACCUUUCACCUUGUGCAGAAGCAAUACCUUUGGUUUCUAAAUACAAAGAUGAUUUAACUGUGCCGAAACAUGAUAAAGAGGUUACUGCAAGGCAAAUUGCUACUUAUGGGUUUUACAUUGCCCCUCUCUGGUUUUUCACAGAGUAUUUUUCAAAUGCUGCCCUUGCGCGCACAAGUGUUGCAAGUACAACAGUAUUAUCCUCGACUUCAGGGCUCUUUACUCUUUUCGUUGGUGCAUUCUUGGGUGAAGAUUCUUUAAAUAUAGCAAAAGUGGUGGCUGUCUUUGUCAGCAUGGCUGGUGUAGCCAUGACAACUCUGGGCAAAACUUGGGCUACGGAUGAGUCACAACUGAGUGCUGCCAAUGGGAAACGCUCUCUUGUUGGAGAUCUUUUUGGCCUUCUCUCAGCCAUGUCAUAUGGUCUAUUUACUGUUCUCCUUAAAAAGUUUGCUGGCGAGGGAGGAGAAAGGGUGGAUGUGCAAAAGUUGUUUGGGUACAUUGGACUUUUUACGCUUGUAGCAUUGUGGUGGCUUGUUUGGCCAUUGACAGCAUUGGGCAUUGAACCCAAGUUUACGAUUCCUCACUCUGCUAAAUUGGAAGAAGUUGUCAUUGCCAAUGGCUUUGUUGGAAGUGUACUCUCAGACUACUUCUGGGCGCUAUGUGUUGUGUGGACAACUCCACUGGUGGCCACCUUGGGCAUGUCGCUCACCAUACCCCUCGCUAUGGUUGCUGACAUGUUCAUCCAUGGCCGUCAUUAUUCAGCAGUUUACAUACUUGGGUCUGCUCAGGUAUUUGCAGGAUUUGUGAUAGCAAAUCUUUCAGAUUGGUUCUCGAAGAAACUGGGGUUAUAG